UCGAUCAAUAUGUUAUGGUUUUAUAAAUCUUUGGAGGCGAUAUUGACGGCUGUUUAUAUCAUGGCGCCACGACCUUAAAAAGUGGAAUAAUGGAAGAAAUCAGUGUGCAAAUUUAACAAACGGAUAUUCGUGCAAAGAUGGCUGUGGUGAGAUACGCAGUUGACAUUGUUUUCGGCUGACAAGAAAUAAACUAUCAUAUUGACAAUGGCUUCAAAUGGAAACGAGAGAUAUCUAAGAUAUAUUCUUCUUCUCGGUGAAGGCGUUUUGUUAGUAUUGCGUGGUAUUGUACAAAGAGAGGUUCAUCGUACAGGAUUAACAUUAGAUGCGAUUCUUACAAUCCCGAAUAACAGAGGGCAGAUAGAGAGUAAUUGCCACUCGGAAACCCAGCGUCUUCAUCUAUUCCCGUCCACUUCUACAGUAAAUUCAGACAUAGAAACAUGGGAUAUAUCGCUUCUAACGUUAGUAAUUCAAAGAGUGUUUUGGUCAAAUCUUUCAAGGGACGAACGCGUGCGAAUAAGCUACCUACGAGACAGCAGAAAUGAGUACCAAGGACAUCCACCCCAAAUGUCGAUGGAAGACACUGAAUAUACAACAAGAGCUGCUGAUUUAACAACAAUACUUCAAGAUCUAGCUUCUGGAAUGGACCAACAAACUAGAGACAAGCUUACAAGAAUAAUAAACGACUCAAAUGCAGUACAAUUUGACUUUCAUACAGCUAUACAAAAUUUACAGCAUCUGUAUGAGUUUAGAGAGGAUAUGCUGCGUGAGUUAGAGACCAAGUUUCAUGACGUAAAUACCAAACUGGAUACCAUUCAAGAUGAAAGCAGUGAUCAUAAAAAGAUGACGAGAGACAUGGGAACAUUACAGGGUCACAUGCACGAUGAUCUGCUAGAUAUAAAAUCCCUCGCCGAAGAGAAUAAUCGGACGGCUACGUCCUUAUCUAAAACAUUAGAUAAUGUUAAAGAGACAGUAUCAAGUUCAAGAGAAAGGGAUGAACAACAACAAGAAACACUAAGACAUAUUGAACAAAUGAUGACAGAACUCAUGUCCCACCAAGGAGACAGACACCUUCAACAUGAUAUUGAUGCAAACAUCAAUAUCAAUAGCGAAAGGCCUGAAAAUGCAAAUGAAGCCCAGGAUAUUAUUGUUACUAACAUUAACGACAUUUUGAAAGAAAUACGUCCUGACGCGAUGGAAGACAGAGAUCUUGCUGAAGGAAUUACGCAAAGAGUGAAUGAACUUAUUACGCGGUAUGAAGGCAGUGACUACGAACUUACGAAAGCGUUGUUAGAACUCAUCAAAGAUAUUAUACGGCAUGGGCAUAUUCAGCAGGUCAAAAAGGGCAGCAUAAAGCUUACUGUUAGAUUCACAUCCUACAGAGGAUUGCAAAGUUUUGUGCAAUACCUGAACAGCGAACAAUUUCAGGAUCGCUUGAAUGAUAUAUCUAGAGCACUGAAGAACAGGACAGGACAUGUUGUAACAUUAUCAGCUUACAUUGCUCAGGAAAGUCUGUAUGAUCUACUAAGGCAUUUGGAAGAAGAAUGCAAAAGCCUCAAGUGUACCAGAUCAGUGGUACUGCCGGUGCAAUGUAAAGGUAUUAUGGACCUCAACCACAUUUGGAAAUUGUUACAGACGGGUGGGGCUGAUAGGCAUAUGGAUCGGUUAUCAGAAAUUCUGACGAAAAUCGUUGGGAGGAAAGUUACACUGACAACUUCUGUUGACUUGAAGCAAUUUGAACUUGCAUUGAUAGAAACUGAGAAGUCUUUCAAAAUGGCUACCGCAGAAAAUGAAUAUUAUAUCAGAGCCAUACUGCUCCUUGUUGAAGGUGGUUCAUAUAUUUCAAAAAAAAUAUUAUACAGAGAACAUUUUGGAGACUUAGACAAAUCGCUAAAAAGACUUGAACGUGAAUUAAAGCAUGAGUUUCACGAAAAACAAAUAGACAAACUAUUCCCACAAACUGGAAACACUAUGGUGGACACAUGGGACCUUCAAAUGCUAAUUAAAGUAGUAUUAAGACUGUUUCAUAACUCUCUUAAGAGGGAAGAUAUAAGGAAUUUACGAGUUCUUAAAUGGUUGUGGAAUGAAGUUCAAGCACACAGUCCUUCAGUAACACUUGAUGCAGUUCAGUACGAGGAUAUCAACGACCAACUUACUGAUGCAUUGACAAGUUUAGCUGCAGGCUUUGAAAAGAAUGUGCAACAGGAAUGUAGAUCAAUUAUCAACAAGUACACGUCUGGGCCUCUCGAUGUUAUGUCCUCUAGAGAGUGUCUGAAGCAAUUACAGAAUAAUGCUGUUCUGGUUAAAGAAAUAUUGGAGAAGAUCGAAAGCUCUAAGGAUGACAUAUGUACGCGCUUAGAUGCCACACAGAAGAGUCUGCCGGACGAUGCCAAGAAUAUCAGGCAACAUAUGACAGAUGUUGAAAAUACUUUGAUUGAGCAACUGCAAAAACUUGAUGUAGGAACUUGCAGGAAAAAAAUCAAAGUUGGUACGCAUGAGGAGGUAUCGCUAGGUGGACCAACCGAAGAGUGGAUCCAGCUGAUGAAGAGAUCUCUGAAUGAUGUCUUGAGUAAAGCAGAUAAAACGUCUGGAGGAACAUUUGAAGAUAUCAAGAAAAGAGUAGAGGAAUUACUCGAAGAUAUCAAACAAAUCGAUUCAACAAUCAGUGUCGAGGCUCAAUGUUGAUAUGCAUCAUUCUUAUGUUUGAAUACUUUACAUACUCUGGGCUACUGGAUUUGCUCCAGUAUCUAACGAGUCAGAAAUAUCGAGGUCGGCUUGUGCUUUAGCAGAAUCAUUGUCGACGCAUUUCAAGGUUGAUAUUCCAGUAACGGCUGCUUAUUCCAUCUCAUUUUCAUGCUUGCAAAAUGCGUUAGACGAUUUAGGUAAGUAGGUGUCAAAUCGAAGUUAUUGCUUAGGUAUAAAAAAGGUCAGAAUGACAAUAUACAACAUUCUUACAACAGCAUAGUAUACAUCGCAGACAUUUAUCAACUGACGAAAUCGCCCGUCUAAUAAGACUUGCACUUAAAAAUAACUACUUUGAAUUAUGUGAGGAUACUUAUUUGCAAAAGCUGGAUAUGGCAAUUGGUAGUUCCAUGGCACCAGCAUAUGCAUCUUUGUUCAUGGAAAAACUUGAACAGGAUUUUAUCCACUCAAGGGGAUUCAAACCAUACCCGUGGUUACGUUUCCUUGAUGACAUUUUUAUGAUUUAAAACCAUUCGUAAGAGGAGUUGGAGUCCUUUAUCGACGAUCUUUUAAAUAUCAAAUUUACAAGUACAAUUUCAGAAAAAAGAAAUUGUUUUGUUCUUAGAUGUACAGGUAUCCAAAAAUAAAUCGUUAGGAAUUGACACUGAUAUGUAUUUGAAAGAACAAACAAAUAACCGUCAAUACCUAGAUUACACAUCUUGUCGUCCGAAACAAUGCAAAGUUAGAAUCCUAUACAGCCAGGCAAAGCGGUACAGGAGAAUUAUUUCUGAUAACAAAAAAGAAAAUCAACUCAUCUCUUAACGAUUUACGGAACUAAUACAUAAAUAUAAUUUUUCGGGAAUCUGUGAUAGACAAUGCAUUCAGUAAGGUGUCGCAGUCGUCACAAAAGGAAGCCCUGGUGCAUUCUGAUAAAAACAAAACAAGUGUUAUUCCAUUCGCCGUAGAAUAUAAUCCAUCAUUACUAAAUAUAGGUGGAACAAUUCAUAAAUAUUGAGAUCUUCUGAAAAGUGCUAAAAUACAAAUUUUAAAUUUGUACAUGACGAAUACAAACCUAUACAGUAGUGGCGUACAGACGUACUAGAAAUUUAAGCACCUACUUCUCACUGUCUGCAUAUCAACUCUGAAUCCUCAUUUAGCAGUACAGUUACAGGAGAAACAUUUUCUUUACGAUAUGAUACAAACUGUCAAUCUAACAUUUUUGUAUAUUUUAAAUUAAUAACGUGUAAAAAUGCAAUAUGCAUUAUGUUGGACAGACUAUGCAGCCGGUUUCACGGCGUAUGAAUAGUCAUAAAUUUGACAUAUCUGACUUUACGGAUCCUGCAUAUUCCACGUUGGUUGCUGGUCAUUUUAAUCAAGAUGGUCAUAGUGUUGAUGAUUUCACAUUUAUGCCAAUUGAUGUGGUAAAUAAUCAAAUUAACCGGCUAUGCAAGGAAACAUUCUGGGUUUCAUAAGUUACAAACACUAAAUCCAGAGGGACUUAAUUCAAAAACAUUGUUUAAUGUGUAAUGAAUUUUACAUGAAUAUGUUUAGUACUAUUCCGUGGUUUCCUUUUUGUGUUUUUUUAUUUAUAUACUGCUAUAGGAAAUUCAGUAUUCUUAUAUUCACAUCGUACAAAACUUGUUAUCUGUAAUCCACAUGUGACAUGUAUUAAGUAUAUACUAUUAGGUUAUUUAACAUUGUUCUGUACAAUACGGAGAUAUAUUUGGACGAGUACCAAGCCUAGCGGCUCCUCCAAUAUGGUUUUCUCAGCUGGGUACGAGUCCGAAUAUAUCUCGUAUUGUACAGUACAUUGUUAAAUAACCUUUUUAUUCUAUAUCUAUUUUAUCUAACUAUAAUAAUAGUUUAAAUUAAAAAUGUUUCACUGAAUAUUGUAUUCUUGCCUUUUCUAGUUUUUCCCAGCUUGGUAUGAGUGCAAAUAUAUAUUAUACAGAACAAUGUUAGACCUUAAAUAACCUUUUUAUUCUAUAUUUAUUUCACUUCAUACGUAAUAUACGUAAUUCAUUGAAUGUUGUUUUUUCUGCGUAUCAUCAUUAAAAAAAGUAUAUGGUGCAACCU